UUUACCCGGAAAUGCGAACUUCUUUUCACGGCCACUGGUGAAAUCUUAAAUUUGCCUGAAGGUCUUUGUGUUCCGUCGCAUUAAACAUUUGUUUAUGCGUUCCGCAACGUAAGGGGUAUCAGUAUGUAUAGCGGACUUCUGCCUAAGGGUUUAACAGAAGACGACCUUAGUCCAGAUGAUGAAGAAGAUCAGCAGGCGAGUACCAGCGAAGCGAGGGGGAGCUCUCCUGGGGAAAACGAUGGCACCGUGCUAGAAGCGCAUGCAAAUCCUUCUGUCAUCGAUACCAGUAUUGAAUCCCAGGCAUGCAACCUGCCUGGUAUAUCCCAGGAAAUGUGGCAAAAAUUCAAUGAGCUGCGUGAAAAGAAAGAGGACAUGAAGAUACAGGAGAGAAGUAAAAGACGGCGACGCAGGAAAGGAACAAAAAGCGAAGAGCCAACAGAGACAAGCGGAGAGCGCCAGGAGAAGGUGGAGAAGCACUGGGAUGGUCUUAAGCAGUAUUUUGGUGUAAAUGAUCGAUUUCAUCCCCCUGCAAGUUCCAAACCUCCUCCAAAGUCCGGCCUAGAAAAGAGCAUAGAGAGGGCCAUAGCUGAAGGGGACAUUGCAAAGGCAGAGGAGAUGAGCGACAGACUCGCCACUCGAGAGCUGGCCGUGAAAAUCGCUGAAGCCACUGAUUGCCGUGACUUUGUGCAGCGCAAACAGGAAGAGGAUGCUUUGAGGGCAGCGAAGAAAAGGAAGAAGCAAAUAGCUUGGGGGUUUGAGGCAAAACAGCGUUGGGAAACCAAAAGCAACAUGGGCUACAUGUGACCAUCAGAUUUUGUAUUUUUACUUAAUUUAAUAAAACUUCAUCCUUUUCUUAUGGCAAACUGAUACGUUUUAUAAUUUUGCCGUAGUUAAAAGAAUUAACACCAGCAGAGUUGGUGUGUUAGCUGAGGGGGGAAAAGAAAAUCCAUCUAAAAGCAAAAAAAAAAAAAAAGAAAUGAUGGCACAUUCAAAUUAAUUCCCAAGGCGUCCAUUGGUGACUGCAUUGUGUUAGUUUUCAUUACAUUUCAGCGAUUUGAGCGUUCUGGCCUUCAAAUUAAAUCUGCUGUACAUUACUGGAUGAUGCGUUUAUUUAUUGCUGUAAAGUGGGUUAAUCAUGAAGGCGCUCCUUUCUUCUCCCGGGGAAGAGAAAGGAAAGAUUAGGCCCCUAAUGCAAUGUACAGGAUAAUGUGCGAUAGGAUUUGUGGGAUGAAAAUGAAAUUUGCCUGCUGUAAACUGUUGUUCGCUAACAUCAACUGGAAGUUGAGGGAGUGCGGGGGGGGAGGAGAGAGGAGUGCAGAACUGACAUGAAACGGAGGCUUUGCUGUUGGCCGUCUCCCAUGCUGGGAGACAUGCUAUUGUUUCUGCGUCUGAACAACAGGCGUGCGUUUCUUGAAGCCUCCACGCGCCGCUCUUUGUGUGAUGAGCGCUCUUCAGCGUCCGUUAACUCGUCUAAAACUGCGACUUUGAUCUGUUUUUUUUUUUUUUCUUUUAAUUUGCUGCUUUUGCCUCUGAAGCUGCGUUUAAAUGCUUAUUCAGAUUCUUGCAUCUCUGAAUUCCAAACAGCUCGGAACAAAGAUUACUCGUAUUCAUAUAUUUUUUUUUCAACUGUAUCAAAUGAUUGCUUUCUUGGAGGUAAUGAGAAUUCAAAUGACUCCACCUAUGUUAUUAGCGUUGAACAUAUUUGGCUAUUGUGUCGUGAAGUGAUGUGAAUGCCCUCUGCUGUGUUGGCUGAAUCUGUGUAGGAGGGAAUUAGCAAAAGAUCAGCUUUUAAAGUUUGUGGGCAUUUAUGAUAUAAUGCAUUAGCUUUCUAGAGCAAAAUUACACGCAAGCAAUUUCACAACGUUCGCGUGAACGAGUUUUUGUGUGUAUGUGUGAGGCUGACAGUUGCAGAGAAUUUAUGCUAAUUAAACUAUUAAUUAUCUCUGUAAUGAGACACGAGUCAAAACUCUGUUAAGCACAUCAAAGUAUAACAUGGGAUUUCUUCACUUUGAUGACGACUAUGAAAAAUAGAUCUUCACUGAGGAGUGGGGAAAAUGAGAUGUUCCAUUAACCAGGAGCAAAGAAAGCUGAAUUGUAGAGUCUUCAAAAGUUCUGGAUAACUUUGGAUAUAAUGACUGAGUAGUUUCUUUACUAAUUUCAAGGACAACUGGAGGCAGCUGCCGUAGCAUGUAUGGCGUGCAACAUAUUUUUUUGUCAGUUUCAGCUUUUCCCUGUCAGGGGUUGUCACAGUGAGGUUUUGGCUUAGUUUGUACGCCGGAUGCCCUUCCUGACGCAGUCCUCUCCGGGAAUCGAACCUAUGGCCUCUGCUAUGAAAGGCAGAGGCGUGUACCACUGUAGUACAUCCCCGCUUUUCGCGGGCAUUACAUUCCACGCCUACCAGCAAAUGGAAAAAAUCGUAAUUGAUAUACCCAUAAAAAGAUCUGUUUUUGAAACACGGCUCACUCCUCACCCUCCAAACCCUCCUGCUGAGUUGAUGUUGACGUUCUCCUUAGGUUUUGGAUAAACAUUUGCAAUAAAAAUAAGUGUUGGUAUUAUUAGAUUAGAUUCAGCUGCAGAAACCUCGCUAUUCAAUUGCCACUGUUCACUAACGACGGAAGCUAACAACCUAAAUGCUAAGGGGCCAGUUGUGCUUCAUGUUUUUUACGCUUUGGGAGUUACGCACGUUUCCCUUAUACGUAUUUUCCCAUCCAAACUCCAGACACGCCCACCGCGUGUAAAGCACACCCACGCAUGCUAGCAUGUUGUGAAGGAAGGCGGGCUUAUGUGAUUCAUUGACAAAAGAUGCAGACUUUGCCAUUAUGGCAUUUUGUGGGGCUGUCUGAAAACCAAAUGUCAUUAACAUCGGUGAAAAAGAUAAAGCACACUUCAUUUAAAAAGUCCUUAUCCUCUGAAGGAGAACGUAACAGGUUUAAUCGCUAUGUGCAUUUCACCAAGAAGAAUAUUUGGCCACAUUGUACUGCGCAGCCUCCUUGUUGUCAUGGUGAUGUGAUUGUGUGCGUGCAUACGCUACAACCAGAGCAUCUUUUUCCUGGCCAUUAGUGUAGUGUCUCUACAGCGACUCACCCCCCACUUGGUCUCCAAAGUCCAGGUAGUCGCUGGGGUUUCACAGGUAAAGAGUUUGGCUUCUCAAAACAAUAUACGUUCCAAAGUGUAAUAAAUUUGCAUCGCAAAAAUGUCUACUCGAAAAAAAAUCAGACUUCAGACAUCACAAAUGUAUGUGACGAAGACACUCGCAUGUACUUCUGUGACGGAGCACAGUGGCCAUCUUGUUUACGUGUGUGUGUUCCACAGCGGAAGAAAACGCGAGCGUCUUUGUCACAUACACAAGAAUGGAGAGGCGACAGUGCGCAGGGAUACGGCGGUAGACAAAUACCUGUGUAAUGCGGUCCGGUCUGAUUUUUUCGAGUACGCAUUUCUGCGAUGCAAAUGUAUUACUCCUUUGAACGCAUAUUGUUUUGAGAUGCCAAACUCCUUACUUGUGAAACCCCAGCGACUACCUGGAACUACGUACUUCAUCACCAAACUCCGACCAGAACUGGACUUAGAAGACCAACUGGGGGGUGAGUCGCUCUUGAUGGGGAUGUCAUACAACUUCAUGUCAAAAAAUCCGAACUAUCCCUUUUAGUCGAGGGGAGAAUACGCGCUAGCCGAGAUUUGACAGGGAACGCUCACAUUUUAGGGUUGCUCCCCCCAUUGUGCAUAUCUUGAAUGAAAGUGUGCAGUUACUUAAGUAAAGGGGGAGAAUUCCACGCAGCUGCGUACCUUUCCCGCUGAGGCACAUGGGACAAUAGGGCCUUAAAUAUGUCUCACAUGCUUAUUAAACGCAUUUUAAAGUAUCAAAUGUACAGGUGUCCAUCACUAAUGAAUGAUAAUAUAAGCUGAUCCAUGAAAAGAUGGAAUUUGACGCACAGAGUAGAAGUUGUAUAUUAAGUUUCACACUUUUGCGUCUUACAGCAACCACGGUGCGUUCAAGGACUAAGUGUGAAAUAUCAACGCUUGACGAAAACGUGAAACAUAAACUUUUGGGCUUUUUUUUUUUAACAGCGGUACAUGUGUGCUGUAUGCUGCCAUUUGACCGGUAUUAUCAUGUAUUUACACAUUAUUAACUCAUUCAAUCCCAGCCAUUUUUCAAAAAACAACCCCUUCAGUACCGGCCAUUUUAGACGAUAUUGACAGAUCUUUCAAGGUACACAGAUUAUUUUGUCCUAUGGCUAUAUAAACAUGAAAGGUUAGAUUCCUGUCUUUCAUCAGAAAAAACAAGUUUGUUUCUACCUUUUUCCGUUCCUUAAUAAUCAACGGUAGAACAUAAGUAACUCUCAGUUCCCAACGAGAAAAGAGGAAAAAAGCAGCUUUUUGUGAAAAGAUAGAUUUCAAGCAUAACUUUCACUUUGACACAAAUAUUUUUUGCUUUUGUGACAACUCAAAUAUCUAAACAAAUAUACCACAACGUAAACAACACAGAAAAUAUAUUUUUUUUUACAUGAAAAUAACUAUUUACAUAAUAUGACACCAUGAACUAUUUAACAUUUUCAUAUUUGGAACUGAACUAUGUGUGUGUGUGUGCAUGUGCAUGCAUUGAAAUUUACCGACAAUGCGUAACCUUCUGCAACACUCCUCCACGCUCUCCCACUUCCUCCUUCCUGUCGUGUGUUUCUUCCGUCCACAUGAUCUCUGCCGAGUUCAUGUCAAAUGCACUGCUGCCACCUCGUGGCCGUUUUCAUGGCUUAAAAUUGUUCUGAAGCCAAAUCCAUUAGUGGAGAGUUGCAUCAUCACCUCUUUUAGCCUCUCACGCAAAAAAACCCAAGAGACGUGUAAAUACGUUGUUGGGAUCAGGCGUUCGGGUUUCUAAAAACGUAUAACUACGUCUUUAGUCUUGAAUGAGUUAAUGACUUAGGGUGAAUGAGAUGUGUUUUCUUCAGAAUAAAACUGCCUAUUUUUGGACAAAAACUAACUUUCCAAUUUUUUGGGCAAAAAUUCAUAAAUGCUCAAUGACAAAUUUGCGGAAAUCCACUAUAUACCACCAGGGAUUCAUGGCAUGCAACAUUAAAUAUCUUACAUAUUAAUCAAAAAGGCUAUCCAUUUAAAAAGUUCUCUUGGCAGAUCAUUGUGCUUAUUUUAAAAAAGUGUAUCUCAUAUUACCGAUGAUAAGCAAAUAGUCUAACAUAGAAAGUGCUUGGUAGGGAAAGAUGUAUUUUUUGUCAAAAACUAACUUUAAAAAAAGUAUGUUUUACCUUGAUUUCAGGUAUUUAAUCUUGGUUAGAUAGUAAGGAUAAGCGGCAUAAAAGAUGGAUGGAUGAAUGGAGUCUUGGUUAGAUAUCAGUUUUUGCAGUGUGAUGCUGAUCACUGUUCUCCAGUGCACUACUGACGUUACUAGAAUUGUAUUUUAUUUAAUAACCUAUUAUGUGUUAUUGGUUUGUUUUAUUUUUAUCAUUUCAAAAGGACAGUUUAACAGACAAAAAUUCCCAAUUGUGUACAAAAUGUACAUUUUCCAUACGUGAAAACAGGAUAGAUGCUGUAUAAUGCAAAGCAAUUGGUUGUCAGUGAAUAUGACAAGCGCUGAUCCAAGAACAGCGUGCCGCCCUAUCCAUAGCAUCUCCCUUUUAUUAAUCUCUUUGAACAGAAGAUAAUGCCUUGAGCAGAGAUGAUUCUGCUUUUAAGCUGGAAAAUCCACUUUCCCCCCUUGUCAUGUGGAGGAGCUGUUUUCAAUAGUCUGUAACUGGAGGCCAAUCUUAGCCCCUGACCUGGGCUGAUUUGUUGGGAAACACUGAGACAAAUUCCUUGGGCAUAUGUCGAACGUCUUCUUGGAAAAGUGUUUGUUGUGCGGAGCGAAGGAAAAGAAAACAACAACAAUCCCAUUAAAUGGUUUCGAGGCUGCUGCAGUAUGAAAGGGGAACAUAUGUCGGUGAUAAUAAGACAUCGGCGCUAUCGCUUGCUGCUAUCAGCAGGUAGGAUGGGAUUACCUCAAAGGGAAGAUCUCAGAGAUACAGCUGAUUCUCCAAACACCUCACACAAAGUGGAGCUCACACAUGGAACUGGGAAGUGAUGCUUGAACUUUUAGGAAAUAAAAUGUCUAGUGCAUUGUAAUUGUUUUGUCAGGGCGCCAUUUCCUGCUCUCGGAAAGUUUUGUUCUGUCGUGUCCAAAAUAUACACAAUGGAACAGGACAGACAACAGUGUAACUGCAUACACCUGGGAUGUCCAAACUUUGUCCACUACACAAAAUAACAUAAACAUAAAUAGCUGCAUAUAGAGAAUAACAAGAAAAAAUAAUAAAGUAAAAAAUGUAUAUAAAUAGUGGCAUACAGAAAAUAACAAAAAUAAUAACAUAAAAUAAAUAAAUGCAUUUAUAAAAUAAUAUACCGUACAUAAAAUGAAAUAAAACAAAAAAAUGCAUAAUAAAUAUAUAAAUAGCUGCAUAUAUAAAAUAAUAAAAAUGAAAUAGAUAUUAGUUUCAGGGUGUUGGUAAUUUUCUUAUAGCCUAGAACAUCUUUAUGGAGAGCAACAAUUCUUUUUUCACGUGCUCAGAGAGUUCUUCGCCAUGAGGUGCCAUGUUGAACUUCCAGUGAACUUUAUGAGAGUGUGUGUGAGCGAUAACACCAAAUUCACAACUGACACCUUGUAACACUAAUGAGUCACAUGACAGCGGGGAGGAAAAAUGGCUAAUUGGGCCCAAUAAGUACAGUUCAACGUAGGAGCGUAGUGACUUUUAGACUUUAAUGGUUGUUUGUUGAAUUAUUUUGAGGGGACAGCAAAUUUACACGGUAAUCCAAGCUGUACACUGACUACUUUACACUGUAUCAACGUGUUGUUUUGACGAUGUUGUCCCGUGAAAAGAUAAAAUAAAACAUUUGCAGAAAUGUGAGGGGUGUACUCACUUUUGUGAGAUAGUAUAUUAAGUAUUACUGAAUUAGGGUGAAUGAGAUGUACUUUUGUGGAAAAAAAAAUGGCCCUUUUUUUUUUUUUUACAACAAAUCUGCAAAUUUGCAAGGGCGUGAUUGCAAGAAACCCUCUCGAGAGGUCAUCCCAUCCACCCUCCUUCCUCUUUGUAAGCCCCUUUUUUACAUUUAAUGUGUAGAAAAUGAAUGAAUUUGAUUGCUAUCACAGCAAAGACACAUUAGAUUCUCUCCUCUUCCGAUACCACAUUGUGGGAGUGACAAGCUGCAUGGAUGUUGACAAAAUCCUCAGUUGAUUUAAUGACCUGUUUAAUUCUGGCACAGCUCUCGAAUGUUUUGCAGGUUUAAUUAGCGUAAUCACCGCUCGAGAAAAAGGCCACAGGGUUGUUUAAUGGGUCAUGUUUGUCAAGAUGCACAUAAUUAUAACACAAAAGACACGCCAGGCAUGCAGCACAACUGUCAUCCAGUAAUUAUGGGUGUCACAAUUGAUAAUUACAGAAAGGAUUGAUCCUGUGAAAGCCAAAAUGUACCUCUGUGCUGGGGGGAAAGAAACAUGACAAUGUUAUAUACGAAUAGUAUUUAGAUAGCAAUGUGGCUCUAUGGUUAACACGCUUGUAACUAAAGCUGUCUAGUUAUGAUGUGACAUUUGGAUGGAUAUAUUUUCUGUCAUGAUGAAGUCAGUGGAAAAGCAUUAAUUAGUGCUUUAAAAAUAGAUAAAUUAGAUGCAUUAUUGACUCGCACAUGAUAAACUUAGGCUUGUGUAGGGCAGUGGUCCCCAACCCCCGGCCGCGGCCCGUUACCGGGCCGUGGGUCAUUUGGUACCGGGCCGCACAGAAAGAAAAAAUAAUUUCCAUUAUUUCAUUUUUUAUAUAUUUUAUUUUGAAAAUUGGCCGGAUUCUCUCCGUUACAUCCGUCUCACGUGACACAUGUCCAUUGUGCGUGUGCUAACUUUAUCUCAUGCCGCGCAGAUAGACUACUACUGUAUUUUUACCAUUUUUCUUUCACCUCAUAUUUGAUCUCAAAUGCUGAUACUAUGUGGGAAUGCUUAAAGGUAAGUUUUUAUGACUUAUUGAGUGCUAAUAUGCACAUUUGUCUCAAGUAAAUUCAUGCUAGCGCACUGCCUUUUAAUUAGAUCGCUAUAAUGUACGAACCCCCCCGGUCCGCGAGAGAUUUGUGGGAACACAAGCCGGUCCGUGGUUCAGGAAUUAGGCCAGAUGAAACGUUUUGAAAAAGAACGUGAUUAAAGACAGUUUACGUAUAUGUAUUUGAUCUGUAAUUAAAAACUAUAUUUUAGUAUAUGGGUUACUUGUCCUAGUUGGAAAAUGCUUGGAAAGCAUCUGUUUUAUCAUAACGCAAGGAACAAAAGAAAUUAAAAUGAACUUUUAAUUAAUUCUUUUCUUUGCUAUCAUGCAAUAAAAACACUUCAAUGGCCCAAUGUGCUGAGCAUGCACCCAUUAUGAUAUAUUCAUCUUCUCAGUGCAAGCUAUAUACUGCCAUUUAUCUGAAUGAAUUAUUAAAUAAGUUAAUGAAUAUUUCAUUUUUCUGUAUGAAACCGUUUAACAGUUCCAACAGAGGUAAUCACAUCUUAAGAAGUGCCAUGAAGCAGAAUAGUCCUUUGGCCCAACCGCGCUUCUGACCUCUCGUCUGAGUGCAAACACAUCUUGACCUAAAUUGAGCAUCAUCUUGCAGAAUGUUUCAUAUGUACAUGUUAUGGAGACAUUGCAUUGCACAAUUAGGCCGUGUGUUCCUUCCACAAGUACAUAAGGUUCUGUUGUAGUAGUGGUAAUAAUAAUGGUAGUUAAAUAGAGUUUGCAUUGUAGGCUACUUCAUGUCCACCCGAACAUGGAUAUCUUCCUCUACACCAGGCGUAGGGAACCUGUGGCUCAAGAGCCACAUGUGAUUCUUUUGAUGACUGCAUCUUGCCCGCGGGCACCACGCUGGUGACCCCUGUUUUAAAGUAAAACAUUACAGAAAUCACAGUGUUACAAAUAAUGCUUAAAAUAUACAACUUUCGUAUGCAUUUUAAUCCAUCCAUGGGGGAUUUUGCCAUCUUUGGGUCCUGCUGGGACCCCCGAUGAAUGUGUGGUAGGUUUCGCUACCUCCCAGACCAGAAAAGCGUAAUGUCAGCAACUUAAGAAAAUGCGAUUUUGCGACAGCCACAGACCUGAAAAAAAGGCAGAAAAUUUGCUUGUCGGAAAAGUGGCGAUUUUUGCCAUCUUUGGAUCCUGCCGGAACAUCCGAGCCAUCCAUUUUGCACCGCAAGGAGGGUGGACAGAACCAAUGCCAGCUGUCCUUCCUAUAUUUUCCAGGUCAGACACCAAAACUGGAUUAUUACUGGAUAAAGCGGCAGCCUACCCGGGUCAUUGAGAUGUAAACUUCCCUCCUUUAAUCAAAUAGUCAGCUGGCUAAUUCUGCAGAGCCAACCCUUUUGACAAAGAAGAUGGUAAAACAAUCAAAAAAUUAAAAUACGGUGCAAAACCAUGCAGCACCAGAACUUGCAUUAAUAGUAAGAAGUAUUUUCUUUAUUAUUGGUUAGUUUCGGUAUAACAACGUUAUUAAAAAGAAUACAUUCAGAGGCUUAUUAUGUUCUGAAAUUGUUGGUCUUGCUUAAAAAUGCAUGCAUUUGGUUGUAUUUAAUGUUAAAAAAUAUUACCCGUAUAUGGCUCUCACGGAAAUACAUUUUAAAAUAUGUGGCUUUCAUGGCUCUCUUAGCCAAAAAGGUUCCCGACCCCUGUCCUACACUGUGGUGUUUUAAAAUGAUUUCUGUCAAGACAGAACGAAAUUGACAGACUGUCAUGUGCAUGCCAAUGUAAUGCCAGAACAGCAGCCAGGGACUGUAAGGCAACUUUAGAAGAAGCGCCAAUGACGUCAUUUAAGUAGGCAACACAGUAACAAACAAGGCUAUUGAAGUAGAGUUACUUUUCAGUAGUUUCACAUUUGCAAAAUGUAUUGAAUAAGGCCGCACGGUGGUUAGCAUGUUGGCCACACAGUCAGGAGAUCGGGAUUGGGUUCGAAUCUCCGUUGGGCAUCUCUGUAUGGAGUUUGCAUGUUCUCCCCGUGCGUGUGUGGGUUUUCUCAGGGUACUGCAGUUUCCUCCCACAUUCCAAAAAUAUGCAUGUUAGGUUAAUUGGAGACUCUAAAUUGUCCAUAGGUAUGAAUGUGAGCGUGAAUGGUUGUUUGUCUAUAUGUGCCCUGCGAUUGACUGGCGACCAGUCCGGGGUGUACUGGACAUUGAAUAACAUAACGAUAACGUUGCGUGUUGUGUUUUCCA